UUCAGCUGAAGAUGACAGGCCAGGUGGCCGACAGAGACUUGUCCCCCCAUCGUCUCUCAGUGAAGACCACCGUGGAGGAGGAGCCAGAGAGGGAGAGAGCUGAGAGUACUCUCAGCAGAGUGCCAUCAGAAUGUGAUCAUGAUAAUGAUGACACAUCCUCAGAGCUGGCACGGGUGGCCGCUCUCGAUGGUGGAAACACCUCAAGGAACUCUUUUCAAGGACGGGGAGCUCUGUCUAGAUUAGUGAAUUUGGUGGUGAUUCUGAGGGAGUGGGCACACAGGAGCCUUGUAGAGGAGGAGGAGCGGCCAGACUCUUUCUUGGAACGCUUCCGUGGCCCUGAGCUAAGGACUGCCCCUAGUCGCAUCAGCAAUACGCAGCCUGAUGCCAAUGGCAACAAUAUCAAAGGGAGAUUUAGGAAAAAAUGGGGUGUGUUUGUUGUGUCCCCAUCAGACGACAUGUACUACCGUUGGCUGUUUGUUAUCGCUAUAGCUGUGCUCUACAACUGGAUCCUCAUUGUGGCUAGGGCAUGCUUUGACAAACUGCAGACAAGCAAUUACAUCUGCUGGUUGGUGCUGGACUACCUUUCAGACGCUUUGUACAUCCUGGACACAUGUGUCCGACUCCGCACAGGGUUUCUGGAGCAGGGUCUGCUGGUGAAGGACCUCUCCAAGCUGAGAGACAGCUAUGUCCGCACAUUUCAGUUCAAGCUGGAUGUCGUGUCCAUCCUACCCACUGAUCUGGCCUACAUAUCCACAGGAAUCCACACCCCAGAGCUCAGAUUCAAUCGCCUGCUGCGCUUCCCACGCAUGUUUGAGUUCUUUGACCGCACUGAGACACGCACAAACUACCCCAACAUCUUCCGCAUCUGCAACUUGGUGCUCUACAUCCUGGUCAUCAUCCACUGGAACGCCUGCAUCUACUUUGCUAUUUCCAAAUCUCUAGGGUUUGGCUCUGAUACCUGGGUGUACCCCAACAUCUCCAACCCAGAGUAUGGCUCCCUAACCCGGGGCUAUGUCUACUGCCUGUACUGGUCCACCCUCACCCUCACCACUAUUGGAGAGAUGCCUGCACCUGUACGGGAUGAGGAGUAUCUUUUUGUGGUCUUUGACUUCCUCGUUGGGGUGCUGAUCUUUGCCACGAUUGUGGGUAAUGUUGGCUCCAUGAUUUCCAACAUGAAUGCCACACGUGCAGAGUUUCAGGCCCGUAUUGAUGCCAUCAAACACUACAUGCACUUCCGCCGGGUCAGCAAGGAGCUGGAAGCACGCGUCAUUAAGUGGUUUGACUACCUCUGGACUAAUAAGAAAGCAGUGGAUGAGCAGGAGGUAUUGAAGAACUUGCCUAACAAAUUGCGGGCUGAGAUCGCCAUCAAUGUGCACCUGGAGACUCUGAAGAAAGUGCGUAUCUUUCAGGACUGUGAGGCUGGACUGUUGGUGGAGCUGGUCCUGAAACUCCGGCCACAGGUCUAUAGCCCAGGGGACUACAUCUGCCGCAAAGGGGACAUAGGGAAGGAGAUGUACAUCAUCAAAGAGGGGAAGCUGGCAGUGGUGGCAAAUGACGGGGUCACACAGUAUGCCCUCCUCACCGCCGGCAGCUGCUUUGGGGAGAUAAGUAUCCUCAACAUCCAGGGCAGCAAAAUGGGAAACCGCAGGACGGCCAAUAUCCGCAGCAUCGGCUAUUCUGACCUCUUCUGCCUCUCUAAGGAUGACCUGAUGGAAGCAGUGACUGAGUACCCUGAUGCUAAGAAGGUGCUGGAGGAGAGGGGGAAGGAGAUCCUUAUGAAGGAGGGCCUCCUGGAUGAGAAUGCAGAGGCUGGCAGACUGGGUGGAGAGGACACUGAGGAGAAGGUGGAGAGGCUGGAGUCCUCUCUGGACACCCUGCAGACGCGCUUCGCCCGCCUGCUCAGCGAGUACACGGCCACACAGCAGCGGCUGAAGCGGCGCAUCACCAACCUGGAGCGCCAGCUGUGCCACACGGGCUGCGGGAUCCUCUCAGACGCAGACCUCUCUGACGAAGACUCAGCUUCUGAGGCUGAGGCAGACACUCUGGCCGCUGCCAAUACCGUUGAGCAGGGUGACCAUGGAAAUGAUGAGCCGACUGAAUCCACUGUUCAAACUUGAAAGCUGCCUGAGACCAUGGCUCUAGGCCUAGCACUUUCUAAGCACUUUCAAAUUCACAAGGGUAUGCACAAAUAUACAAUACAUUUCCUUCCUAAUAAGAAAAUAAUUUUCAUAUUAACUUUAUGACUGUUGCAUUAAGAGAACAGUGCCUUCAGAAACUAUUCACACCCCUUGACCUGUUCCAUAUUUGUUUUGUUACAGCCUGAAUAUUACAUUUAGAUUUCGUGUCACUGGCCUACACACAGUACCCCAUAAUGGCAAACUGGAAUCGUUUUUUUGCAAUUUUGCAAAUCAAUUAAACAUGAAAAGCUGAAAUGUCUUGAGUCAGUAAGUAUUCAACCCCUUUGUUAUGGCAAGCCUAAAUAGGUUCAGGAGUAAAAAUGUGCAUGGACUCACUAUGUGUGUAAUAAUUGUGAUUAACAUGAUUUUUGAAUGACUACCUCAUCUCUGUACCCCACACAUACAAUUAUC